AUGACUUUAUGGGAGUGGCAAUGUCUGUUAAUUAUGCCUCAAGACUAUCAGAGUACAGGGAUAAAGGAGUUUGUGGAGUUCCUGAGGUUUAUGAUGCCUGGGAAGAGGUAGAGAGGAAAGUGAGCCUACUUUGUGAAUGGUUAGGAUCUUCCUCACACGCUGUGGCCCAUACAGGAGCCGGUAUAAGCACUUCUGCUGGUAUUCCUGAUUUUCGUGGACCUAAAGGAGUUUGGACUUUGGAAAAGAAAGGAGAGAAACUUGACGUUGAUGUUCACUUUGAAGAUGCUCUUCCAACACUCACUCAUUUAUCACUUACUAAACUGGUGGAAAAGGAUAUUAUUAAAUACAUUGUUAGCCAGAAUGUUGACGGCCUCCAUCUCAAAUCAGGACUAGAUAGGGAACAUCUUUCUGAAUUACAUGGUAACAUGUUUGUUGAGAAAUGUGAAAAGUGUAGCAAAGAGUACGUCCAUGAUAAAGUGGUGCCUACAAUAGGACUCAAAUACACUGGGAAUAGAUGUACUGGAGGGGGAGCUAGAGGACGAUGCAGAGGUAAAUUACGUGACACAGUAUUAGAUUGGGAAGAUGAUUUACCAGCUGAUGAUCUAUCACGAGCGGAACUGCACUCAACUCAAUCUGACCUCUCACUCUGUCUUGGUACUACACUCCAAAUACUUCCAUCAGGCAAACUGCCUCUAAGGGUAAAGAAGAAUAAUGGGAAACUAGUCAUCUGUAACCUGCAACCAACUCAAUAUGACAAGAAAGCUGACCUUGUAAUUCAUUAUUACGUUGAUGAUGUUAUGAACUGUUUGAUGAAGAAACUUAAUUUGACUUUAGCACCUUAUCCUCCCUCAACUGAGGAAGUGAAAAGAGCAAUAGAUCUAUAAAAAAUAAUGGUGUGUACAAGGUUAUGUAUGCUGUCCGGCUUUAUCUUGACACACGAGGGGUAGAUCUAGUCUAACUUGCAAUUUAGCCUGGUGAAGGGAAUAAAUGAAUUCUACAAUUUGCACUUACUGCAUUGUGCUGACUUUAUUUUGCAUGUUAUGUUUGUGUUGUUGGUUAUGAAUUUAGGGUGUGGUAAUUACUAAUUA